AUGUCAGACAAUCAACAAGUGCAACCUACACCUGUUUCUGAUGUUCAAGUUGACAACAAAGACAGUCAUACACAACAACAUGACGUCAGUCAACAAUUGCAACAGAAUGCUGAACAACAAGGAACUGACACAAAACAGGAUACAGAACAAAAAGGUGCUGAAUUGACAGAAACAGUAAAUGAAAGUGCUAAUACAACUCAUGAAAAAUCUAAUGAAGUUAAAGAUGCUGAACAAGCAGCAAACGAUGAUGUAAAACAAGUCGCUAACGAUACUCAAGCAGCUGCUGCUCAAUCAACUGAUGAAGCCAAAGAUGCUGUAGAGACAAAGGUCGAACAAAGAACAGAAGCUAAUACGCAAUCAACUGAUGAUGCUUCAAAGAAACCCGAUGAAGUGAAAGAUGUUUCACAAGAAACUGGAACUCAAUUAAGUGGCGAUGCUUCGAACAAAACUGAAGAAUUUAAAGAUACAACAGAAAAGAAAGUUGAUGAAGUAAAAGAAACUCCUCAAGAAAAAGUCGAUCAAGAGAAACAAACUGAUACUCCAUCAGUUGAUAAUGCAUCUAAAGAAAGCGAUGAAGCGAAAACUACUAUUGUUGAAUCAGCUAUUCAUGUUAAAGAUGCAGUAGUUGAAAAAGUACAAGAACUUGGACAUGCUGUCGUCGAAACGGCACAAGCCAUUCCAGCUACAGUUGCUGAUGCUGCAAGUUCAGUUGGUGAAAAAGUUGUUAGUGCUGUACAAUCAACUGUAGAAAAAGUUGCUGAAGUCGGUGCAGCUGUUGUUCAUUCAGCACAAGAAGCUAUUCAUAGUGUUACUGGAGUAGCAAAUGAUGCCAAAGAGACAGCAAGUGAAGCACUUGAUCAAGCUCAAGACAAAGCUACCGAAUUGAAAGAGCAAACAUCUGAAAAAGUUGAUACAUUAGCAUCUGAAACAAAAGAGAAAGCCGAAGAAGUUAAACAAGAUGUACAAGAGACAGCCGGUGAAUUAAAAGAAGCAGCAUCUGAAAAAGUCGACGAAGCAAAAGAGAAAGCUAGUGAAGUAACUUCAGAAGUACAACAAGCAGCCGCAGAAGUCAAGCAAGAUGCUCAAGAAGCAGCCGGUGCAUUAAAAGAGACAGCCUCUGAGAAAGUUGAGGACGUAAAAGAGAAGGCUGGUGAAUUAACAUCUGAGGUAAAACAAACGAGCGAAGAAGUUAAACAAGAAGUUCAAGAAACAGCUGGUGAAUUGAAAGAAGCAGCAACUAACAAAGUCGAAGAAGCAAAGGAUAAAGCUGAAGAAUUAGCUGCUAAUAUUAAAGAAAAAGGUCAAGAAGUCGAACAUCAGGGUGAACAAAAAGUUGAAGAAGCAAAAGAAACAGUAGUUGAAAAAGUCGAUGAAGCAAAAGAUAAAGCUGAAGAAGUCACUGCUGAUAUUAAAGAGAAAGGCGAAGAAGUCAAAAAUGACCUUCAACAAAAAGUUGCUGAUGUUCCAACAUCAACCAAUGAAAGCACACCUACCAACAAUACUGAAUGA